UUCGUCUUUCAAUUCCGGCUCCUGUGCUCUCCCCUCUAGAUGCCGCUCCGAUUCCUGUUCCCUCUUUGGACGGAAUGUUGGGCGAGUUCAUGGUCAGGCCUUCUUCCCGUCGCGCCCGUUCCCGUUAGCGACGCUUCGUUUCGUUCGCCCUUAGAUGCCGCUCUGACUCCCGUUUCCUCUCUAGGCGGAAUGUUGGGCCGAGUUCAUGGUCGGCCCUUCUUCUGGUCGCGCCGUCCCCGUUAGUGAUGCUUCGUUUCGGCUUAUUCAUCCCCUCCGGUCACGAAAAUGCAAUCCCUCCGCGGGCUUCGAGCGAUCCCUCCGCGGGCUUCGAUUUCACCUCCAGGAAGUGGAUCGAGCAGAAGCUUCUUGAUUACAGUCAGGAGGCCGAGCGGUUCGGAGUGAUGGCGUCGCAUCUUAUUGUUGAGAUAAACUUUCAGCGAUUGUUGCGUAAUAUUUGUGAGAAGUUUUCCCUCCCUCCUCCGAGGUAUGGAAUCACCGUAGGCUCGAGCGAUCAAUUUUGCGCUUUUGUUGAUGUUGAAGUUCCAAGGUGUAGCCGCUUUAUGGAGGUUAUUACGUAUUGGGAUUCUCCGUCUUCCGAUUCGAGUUUGUCUGAAAAUAAAGCCGCUCGGACUGCUAUCGAGACGCUACGAAAUGAACUUCAAUUUGACAUUAGGGAUGCUAAUUAUACUGGAAAAAAUUAUUUUAAAAAUUUAUAUGAUAGUGCUUCCCAAAAAUAUGAAGAUUUUCGAAAUGAAUAUGAAAUGCUGAAGAAGGAACAUGUUGUACUCAAAAGGUUUCACAAAUCUUUACUGGAUGAAAGAGACCGGAUUCUCGGUGAUUGGAAUGAAAUUAGGGCGAGUAUUGGCAAGUGUCACAAUCUACUUGCUCAAUCCGACAUUGAUCUAAUGGAUACAGAUCAAUACAUAUUUGCCGCUGAAAAAUUACCAACCGCUGAAGAUCAUUUACCUGCAAAUGAAGCCUGUGCAGCAGAGUCCGCGUCAGGAACCGAAAAAGAUCCUGAACCCCCUUCUAAUUAUUAUAGGAACUAAGAUUAGGACGGUCAUGAACCGUCUUCUGAUUACUAUAGGAAAUAAGAUUAGAGCUUCCUUCGCUCUUUUGUUCUGACUUUUUGAAUGCCAUUUUGUAGUUUGUCAGUUUUAUGGUAUGUACGGGCAAUGCCAGAUAUUUUAUAAUAUAUUACUAAGUACUAUGGAUUAUUA